AUGGCUGAUAGGCACCACCAGCAUCCUUGUGUCUUGCAAAAGGUAGCCGGCCUUUCACUAGAUAUUGAAUAUCGCCAUGGAAGAUUCCAAUUCCAAAUGCCUACUCUGCAUCCGAGGCGUUGCAAUGCAACAGUACAGCAGCAUCCCAUGGCCCAAGCACGCCUAGCAAACUAUGAUUUGUCAUGGGUCCGUUCAAGUUCAUCGCCUGUAUGUGUCCAGGCUCCUUCAGAGAAAGGUGCAUCCGGUUUUGUAAUUGAUUUUCUUAUGGGCGGAGUUUCGGCUGCAGUGUCCAAAACUGCUGCUGCUCCUAUUGAACGUGUGAAGCUCUUAAUCCAAAACCAGGAUGAGAUGAUUCGGGCCGGUCGGCUCUCAGAACCUUACAAGGGAAUCGGUGAGUGUUUUAGAAGAACAAUCAAAGAAGAGGGUAUGAUAUCAUUGUGGAGAGGAAACACGGCUAAUGUGAUCCGUUAUUUCCCCACUCAGGCCUUGAACUUCGCCUUCAAGGAUUACUUUAAAAAGCUGUUCAACUUUAGGAAGGACCGUGAUGGGUACUGGAAGUGGUUUGCAGGCAACUUGGCAUCCGGUGGUGCAGCUGGUGCCUCUUCCCUUCUCUUUGUCUAUUCCCUCGAUUAUGCCCGAACCCGUCUUGCUAACGAUGCCAAAGCCGCAAAGAAAGGAGGAGAGAGGCAAUUCAAUGGCUUGGUUGAUGUAUAUAAAAAGACUCUCAAGUCCGAUGGUAUUGCUGGACUUUACCGUGGCUUUAAUAUUUCAUGUGUUGGCAUCAUUGUAUACCGUGGUCUUUACUUUGGAAUGUACGAUUCAUUGAAGCCGGUGCUCCUCGUUGGAACAUUGCAGGAUAGCUUCUUUGCUAGCUUUGCUCUGGGUUGGGUUAUAACCAACGGUGCGGGUCUUGCGUCGUACCCCAUCGACACUGUCCGUAGAAGGAUGAUGAUGACAUCGGGUGAAGCCGUGAAAUACAAGAGCUCCAUUCAUGCAUUUUCUGAGAUCCUUAAAAAUGAGGGUUCCAAGUCUCUCUUUAAAGGUGCAGGUGCUAACAUCCUCCGUGCAAUCGCCGGUGCUGGUGUGCUUGCGGGCUACGAUAAGCUCCAGCUGAUCGUAUUCGGAAAGAAGUACGGUUCUGGCGGUGCAUAAUCGUGUUAACCAUUUAAAAAAAACAUAUAUACAUAUAGCGAUGAAGGUCAUUUUAAUUCGGUUCUAGAAUUAGCCGAAGCACAACCAUUUGUCUUUGAAAUAACUUAGUUGAGGGGAUUCUGUCCUAGGGCAUUUGAUUCUCUAUGACCAAAAUUUUUACCCCAUUAAUCUUUCUUUUAGAAGAUUCAUCUAAUAUUAUUAUGUCUACUCGACGUUGCUAUUGUAAUAAGGGUUUAUACUAGUGCCACUGGAAAUUGUUAAAGACACUGCAGAUCUUAUAUUUUUCCAAACUUCAUUUUCUCAUA